CUAUGUGCUUAGAGCUGUAUUACGUGCAGAACAUACUAAAUAACGAUUGUGCGUAUAUAUUGAAAACAAUCAUCCCCUUUUCAGACAGCUACAGACCGAUUUGUGCCAGAAUGCGGGGUUGUUGCUGACCACCUCCUCAGCAGCUGUCUCUCUGUGUGGACUUUGAUGAGGACGGCGGACAAGGACAAAAUGCCACUACGGGAAUCAGUCACUCACCGCUGUUUCGGACGGGGAAAAAAAACAAUGAUCUCCUUUUAAAUAUCUACUUUGGAUCUACCUUAUUAUACAUUUGGAUUUUCUUUCUCCUCAUAAGAGUUUUUCUCCGAACAGUUGUCCUUUUCUGAAGAACGGUGACUCACUGCAGGCAGAAGGCGAGCCGCUGCAUCCUAAUCAGACAGCGGAGAGGACUUCAGCUCAUUGACAUUACAGUCAUACUUUUCCGGAGCACUUUUUUUUUUAUUUCCACUGCGCUGCACUGUAGCCCGUGUGUGCAGCGGAGGUUUGUAGCUUUUCUUCCAGCGCGUAGACGGGAAAGAGGAUACGGGUGGUAGCCUACUACUGAAGUGAUUAGAGAAUGAAACUCUCCCUGAAUCCUGCUGGAACUGACUGUUUUGGUUUUUACAGUUAUAUUUUUAGGACUAUUACAGCAGUUUCUUUUGGUUGUAUGAGGGAACAUUUACAAUGACUAUUCUGUUUGAAGACUGGAUCGCGAUUAUUGCUCAGAUGAGUCUGGGCGCUCAGCUGAAUAUAAAUUAGGUGUUCAGCACCACAGAUUGCUGGAAGAGGCAGAGGAAGAGAGAGACAUAGCAAAGACAAUCCACAAAGACAAAUGCCAAGGCCUCACAUGAUGAACAUAACUCUUUAUUUGAUCCUGAAUAAUAGAAACACCAAAUUUCAACAAAAUAUCAACAGGUCAAAGGAAGCGUAAACACAACACAGAUUAUCGCAGCUUUUACGGAGUGGGGAUGUAUCUUUCUAUUUUCUUUUUCCUCCUCUUAUGGGCUCAAGCCCUGACAUUGAAAAACUUGAAUUACUCUGUCCCGGAGGAACAGGGUCCGGGGACAGUGAUUGGGAACAUUGCCAAAGAUGCCAGACUCGGACUCGAACAGGUUGGGCAGGGAGGACAGGGUAAGAAAGCCAACUUCAGGGUGCUGGAGAACUCAGCUCCGUAUCUCAUCGACGUGGACCCCCAAAGCGGACUGCUGUACACAAAGCAGCGCAUCGACCGGGAAACCUUGUGUAAGAGAAACCCCAAGUGCCAGCUCUCCAUGGAGGUGUUUGCCAAUGACAAGGAGAUCUGCAUGAUCAAAAUAGAUAUUCAGGACAUUAACGACAAUUCACCCGUUUUCCCCUCGGAUCAGAUUGAUAUUGACAUUUCUGAAAACGCAGUGCCUGGGACACGCUUUCCCUUGACCAGCGCGCAUGACUCAGAUGCAGGGGAGAACGGCUUGAAAACCUAUCAAAUAACACGCGAUGACUACAAUCUCUUUUCCUUGGAGGUAAAAUCCCGUGGGGACGGGACUAAAUUCCCAGAAUUAGUUAUUCAACGACCAUUGGACCGCGAAGAACGUAGCCAUCAUACCCUUAUUUUGUCAGCCACAGAUGGAGGGGAAUAUCCUAGGUCUGGUAACAUGCAGAUCAAUGUUAAAGUUAUUGAUUCCAAUGAUAACAGUCCUGUGUUUGAUCAGCCCUCGUAUGUUGUGGAAAUUCCUGAAAAUUCUCCUCCUGGUAAAGUGCUGAUCGAUUUAAAUGCCACUGAUCCUGAUGAGGGCAACAAUGGACAAGUAGUCUAUUCUUUUAGUGGCUAUGCCCCAGAGAGAAUCCGGGAGCUCUUUUCCAUAGAUUCCAGAACAGGGGUCAUAAAGAUUCAGGGUGAAAUUGACUACGAAGAGAGCCCAGUUAUUGAGAUUGACGUCCAGGCAAAGGAUCUAGGUCCAAAUCCAAUCCCAGGCCAUUGUAAAGUCACUGUUAAAGUGCUUGACAGGAAUGAUAACUGGCCGUCUAUAGGCUUUGUGUCUGUGAGACAGGGAGCCAUCAGCGAGGCAGCACCUCCAGCCACCGUCAUUGCUCUGGUCCGUGUCACAGACAAGGACUCAGGCAGGAAUGGGCAGCUUCAGUGCAGAGUGCUUGGUAAUGUCCCUUUUAAACUUGAAGAGAACUAUGAUAACUUCUAUACUGUGGUGACGGACAGGCCCUUGGACAGAGAGGGGCAGGAUGAGUACAAUGUCACCAUUGUGGCAAAAGACAACGGCAUUCCCCCUCUAAACUCCACAAAAUCCUUCACUGUAAAGAUUCUGGAUGAGAAUGACAAUGUUCCUCGCUUUACCAAGUCCGUUUACCUUCUUCAAAUACCUGAGAACAAUAUUCCCGGGGAGUACCUAGGUUCAGUUCUGGCGCAUGAUCCAGACCUCGGCCAGAAUGGCACAGUGUACUACAGCAUAAUCAACUCCAAUGUGAGUGGGGGUGAUGUCAACACCUAUGUUAAUGUCAAUGCUGCUAAUGGAGCCAUCUAUGCUGUGAGAUCAUUUAACUAUGAGCAAAUAAAGUAUUUUGACUUUAAGGUUCUUGCUAGAGAUGCAGGAUCUCCACACCUGGAGAGCAAUGCUACAGUGCGCAUCAGUGUUCUGGAUGUCAAUGAUAACAUCCCUGUCAUAGUUCUGCCCCUACUCCUCAACGACACGGCUGAAAUCCAUGUGGCGCGUAAUGUUGGUGUCGGCUACAUUGUCACCACAGUGCGGGCUGUGGAUAAUGACUAUGGUGAGAGUGGGAGGCUCACUUAUGAGAUCUCGGAUGGCAAUGAGGAGCACCUCUUUGAAAUUGAGCCGGUGACUGGGGAGGUUCGAACAGCCCACCCAUUCUGGGACGAUGUGAACCCCAUUGUGGAGCUGAUUAUCCGAGUAUCAGACCACGGCAAGCCAACCUUGACUGCUGCCGCCAGGCUCAUCAUCAAGGCCUCCAAUGGACGUCCUCCUGAUGGACUGCCACGCACAAAAGACAAUCAGAACUGGGACAUGUCCCUGCCACUUAUUGUAACUCUAAGCAUCAUAUCUAUCAUGCUUCUGGCUGCCAUGGUGACCAUAGCAAUCAAGUGCAAGCGAGAAAACAAGGAGAUUCGUACAUAUAAUUGCCGUAUUGCAGAAUACUCACACCCUCAGCUGGGGAAAGGCAAGAAGAAGAAGAUUAACAAGAACGACAUCAUGCUGGUGCAGAGCGAAGUGGAGGAGCGGGAUGCCAUGAAUGUGAUGAAUGUGGUAAGCAGUCCUUCCUUGGCCACCUCUCCCAUGUACUUUGACUACCAGACACGCCUGCCACUCAGCUCACCAAGGUCAGAGGUCAUGUACCUCAAGCCCACUGCCAAUAACCUCAGCGUGCCCCAAGGCCACGUGGGAUGCCACACCAGCUUCACAGGCCCAGUCACCAGCACUACAGACACACCUACUAACCGCAUGUCCAUCAUACAGACGGACAAUUUCCCUACUGAGCCUAAUUAUAUGGGUAGCAGACAACAGUUUGUUCAAAGUAGUUCAACAUUCAAAGACCCAGAGCGAGCAAGCCUCAGAGACAGUGGUCAUGGUGACAGUGACCAGGCUGACAGCGACCAGGACACCAACAAAGGCUCCUGCUGCGACAUGUCUGCAAAAGAAGCACUCAAGUUGAAGGCUACAGGCGUGAAACCACCGCCUUUGGAGCAAGAUGAGGAUUGCGUGAAUUGUACAGAGGAGUGCAGAGUACUGGGCCAUUCUGACCGCUGCUGGAUGCCCCAGUUCCCUGCUGGAGGAAACCAGGCAGAGGGAGUCGACUACCGCAACAAUAUGUUCGUGCCAGCGGGGAUGGAGACUGUGCCCGAGACAGAGACCUACGAGACGGUCAACCCCAAUGGCAAGAAGACGUUCUGUACAUUUGGAAAAGAGAGGCGUGACCACACCAUCCUAGUCGCCAAUGUCAAGCCCUACUUAAAGGCAAAACGUGCCCUCAGUCCACUGCUCCAGGAGGUUCCCUCAGCCUCUGGUAGUCCUACCAAGGGCUGCUCAACCAUGUCUCCCUGCUCUUCAGUCAAAAGCCCAGCUGACGGAGCUGAAGGCAAACCACCUCCUGCCACCUGCUCUGGCCACUACGGGCCUCCUGAUGGUCAGUACCUGUCACCAACCAAACAAAGCAGAGACCAGGGGGUCUACCCACCAUUGCCUCCCACAGACCCAGUGGCCAAGGUGCUUGCAGAGGCCCGCUCCAGGAUCAGCCAAGAGGCAACAGGGGAAAUGGAGUGCGUUCUGGAGCAGGUGGAGCCCGACGCGAACCGUGAAAGAAUGGACGCUGACCAGGUGGUGAGAGACAUCGACAAACUAUUGCAGGACUGCAGAGGAAGUGAGGCCACUGGCACACUCAGGAAGUGACACAAAGGACUGCAACAAAAAGAAGUAUGGAGGUAGAGCGAGGAAUACAAUGAUUUUCAAAAAACUCUAAUGCCAAAACUGUCACCAAAACAAAUCAAGAGGUUAAAUGGCUCUUAUGACAGGAGCUUUUUCACUGUAUUUGUUGAUGAAAAUACCGACAUUGGACUGACAAUGGGAACAUUUAUUCAUUUGGCACCAGUUUUGGUGCUAAGAUCCCUACCACAAAAAGGAACUGGGUAACUGAAUUCUGCUGAAUUUAUAAACUCUUUUUGUUUUGGAUUCUUAAGGAAAUUGCAGAGGCUUAUGCCUCUGGCACCUCGCAAGCUAUUAUCUAAGUGCCCACCAGCUCAUAAGUGUGUUGUUCAUGGUCUCUUGUGGAAGCCUACAUAUCUAAGUGUGUGUAGGUGGAUUUAUGUUAUGUGUGAUGGCCAUAGAAACUGAAUGAAAAAGGACUAUUUAUGGUCAGACAUGACAAUCGUUGAUGAAACAGUGAAACUAAUUUUGAUCUAUUUGGGACAGUGAAAGACCGAAAUACACAAAACAACCGUAUCUUUCUUGACUUUAAUAUAGGUGUUUAAUGUGUGAUGGAUCCUGUAUCUGAAAAUGAAGAGAUUGGUUAAUCAGGUGUGUAAUCGCAGGGGUUGGUUAUGGACUUGGGGACGGAGGGGCUUAAUUGCUACGCUGAAGGAGAAUAAUUAACAGUGUAACCAUGUUUCACCUGUUAUUUGUAGUCACAUGUGUAAGCUGUGUCUGUCUCACGCCUCUAUUUAAACAUUCAUGUUGCUGACUGGUGUAAUUGCAUGCACCAAUUGUACACACAUUUUACACAUGUGCACUACACUUUGCGCAUACACAUGCACUGAUGCCUAUACACACACACACACACACACACACACUAAUGCUUACACACAACUGGCCAUCUGUGUAAUUGUCUUAUACAUGAACAUCAUCAGCUUUCAGUCCCUUGUGUACAGUGAUUUAUCAUGUGUGUGUGAUUAUGCCGAAAGGCACUCACAAGUUGUAUAAAAAGGGACAUUUUUUCCUUAACUGUGAAAAGAUGAUAUCUAUAUGAUUAUAUAGAUGACUAUAUGUAUCAAUCCAUGUAUAGUGUCCAAAUAUUAACAAAAUAUUUAUACAUUUUAUAAGAAAAAAAGAAAUGAGGAAUCUCAGCAAAAAGUGUCCUCGAGUUAAAGUGCGGGAUAUUAACUCAAAGAACUGCAAAGGACACUGCCAUUGUUUCGAAAACAAAUAUCCAAAAAUAUAAAUAAACAAGAAAAUGUCCCUUCACAUUAUCACUAUACAUAAUAUCAUUAUAUGUGUAAAUGUAUCCAAUUUAGAUGUGUUUACAUCGAAAAACUGACAUAUUUUUAUUGAUUUUACUGCAAUUUCUGUGCAUUUGAGCCAAAUUGUUAUGUGUACAAAAGCUAUAUUGUGUAUUUUAUUAAAUUAAUAUAUAGUUGUGUUGCAAUAUA